UUUUCAAUGAACCGACUUAUUAAAGAUCAUUCAUAGUUAUAGGUAUCUUCAAUCGUGUAUUAUUUUGUUUUGUGACGAUUUUCACCAUGUGAAUUGAUUUGUAUAUAUUUUCAAAUGAAAUAAAAAAUGGAUAAUGAUGGAAGGAAAUGCAGAAAAACGAAACUUGUUCCACGUGAAAUAAAUGAAUCCGACGAAGAAAUUUUUGCAUUGCAGAGUGUUGUGGAGAGUACAUUAGCGAGAAUUAAAAAACCAUGUAAAAAAAGCCUACCUGCCGUAGCUCCUGCUACUCAAUCUUUUCAAACAAACACAAACUCCAUUCGGGAAGUAAAUCAAGACAGAAGUAAUAUUAUGCCUAUAAAUUUUGAUAUUAAAAUAGAAGUAGAGAAUUUUGACGAAAUUGCAAUAGAAAAACAGCAUGAAAUAAUAAGUUGGAGGGAAAUAGUGAAAAAAUCUACUGAAAUUUAUCUUCAAUCAAAUAAUAUAUGUGAUAAAAUACUGCAUGGACAGGUCCUCAACACAUGCAAACCGGACGUAAAAGUAUUACUAAAAACGCCUCACGAGAAACUAUUAGACCGAGCAUUCACGCGAUGGUGCGAUUGGGCCUCCCUCACAGAGGAACCCAAAGAUCCGCCUUUAUUCUACAAAUGCUACAUCUGCGAUAUGGCGUGGUGGCAUUUGGUACACUUCCGCGACCACAUACGAACCCACGAACCUUCGAGUCUCCGCGUCGUUCUAGAGAUGAAUGACUUCGUUGAGUGCAAUAUUGUCGCUUACUACACCAAAUCGGCGAACAAGUACAUCGCGAACAUAGAAGGAAAAUGCUGGAAAUGCGGCGAAAAGGCGUCCGAACAUACGAAAUUGAAGAACUGUGUCGGAUGUAAGAAACGGUUCUACACGUGCAGCAAGCUACGCCAACACCAGUGGUACUGCGAGGAGUUCAAGAAGAUGCAUCUGGACCUUUUCGCGUCAGCAGAGAAGAUAUUCAAAUGUCACCUGUGUCGGUUUUACUAUUUCAAAAAGGAGGACAGUAUAGAACACAUGAUACUGCGGCAUUCUGUGCGGUCGGAUGUGCCCAUACCGGGCUGUUCCGUUUGUGAGAAGUGCAAGGACCUGAUCUCAUAUGAAGAUGAUCAUGUUUGUGAAUCUAAAGGGUAUGUCAAGACGUGUGAUGCGUGUAAGAAAAGGGUCACCGAAAGCAGUGCUGCAGUUCAUCAGAUCGAAGGGAACUUCACCUGCUCUGUAUGCAAAGUGAAAAUAGUAAAGACUUGUUCAAUACAUCUCCACGCACUUCGUCAUACGAUGAACUAUGGAUUGGCGUAUAAGUGCCUCACCUGUAAUUUUUUUAUAAUCUUUGACUUGCAACAGAUAAAAAAACACAAAAUGUUUUAUCAUUCCAAUCGCGAUUUUGAUUAUGAUCUUAUAUCCGUCCCGAAAACCAUAGUGGAUAGAUUAAAGUCUACGCCCACUAAAAAUGAUUCACCGGUUGAUCAUCAAAGUCAAAGAAAUAGUUUUCCAUUGUCUCAUGAUAUUCAAGAUGUAGUGAAUGAUUCAGACGAUGAUGAUGUUAUCAUUGUUGAUGAUGUGCCUGAAGUGAUUGUUAUACCAUCAGAUGAUGUACCUAACGAUGAUCUCCCUUGUGUCAUUGCUAAUAUUAAAUCCGAACCACUUGAAAAUGAAAUACAAAUAUCUAAAACAAAAAUUACUGUUGAUAAUCCACAAAGUGAUUUCGAUAUUAAAACGAUGGUAAUCCAAAUACCUAAGGACCCAAAAGGCGUAUUUAAAUGGAUUUCAGAAGGAGAUAUAAUUAAUGAUGAUAAUGAAUUAAGUAUUGAUGAAAUUAAAAGGGAACCUAAUAGUGAACCGAAUGGAAUAGCCAUGGAAUCUUCACUUGGAAUUAUAAAGACGACAAAUAAUGUAAAUAAAGUUAAUACACAUAGAACUCAGUAUGUACAUAGUAAAGAAACAUCAAACGGGCAAACUGUAAAAGCUUCUCCGGUAGAUAUCACAAAGUCAUUGAUUAAUAUUAAAAAAUCAAUGGAUAUUACAUAUAAAGAAAUGGAACACAUGAAAAAAUAUAUAAAUAAUUCAAGCAGAAAUCAGACAGAAGUCGAUGUAGAAAAAAUUCUACCAUUGGCGUUUGUAAAAAGGAAUUGUUCGCAAAGCUCUGAAGAGAUACAGAAAAUUCAAAAACCGAAUAAAAUUAAAAAAUUGAGACAGUACAAACCUAAGUUGAAACAGACUGUACUAACGAACAUUUCACAAAAUUCAGAAACAGAUAUGAAAAUCGAAGUUAUCAAAAGUGUAAACGUGAUGGAGAAAGAAGAACUAAUAACAGUCGACCUAAGUGAUACAGAAUUGAAUACGCAAAACCCAGAAGAAGCACCGGCAAAUAUAACUAAACAUUUAGAACAAAUCACUUCAAAUGAAUCCGAAGUUACGGACCCGAAAGAAGAAAAAAUUGUAGAGAGGGUAGUUGAAAUUGAAGUCCCAUGGGACACUGUUCCAAUAAAGGAAGAAGCGGAUCCGGAAAUGGAUUUAAAACUAUCAGAUAUCAGAAGGAUAUAUCAUAUCGAUGUUAAUGUUGGUGAAAACGAAAUUGAUGUUAAGCGAGAAAUUAAUGAAUUUGAUUUAACGGGACAAAGUGAGAAUUGGCACCAAGACACAUCUACUUAUAAUUCACAUCAUUCAAGUGAUGAUGAGUUUGAGAAUGAUUUAAUUACAAUCACACCGAAUGUAACUAUAAGUACUGGUAAUAAAGGGAACCGAACACACAGGCAAAAGAGAAAACUAUACAGCUGCAUCCGUUGUAACUUCAAAGGCGUGCACAGACUAUACAAACUACACAAACGAUACGAAUGUCGAAAAUCAAAUCGCCUUUAUAGUUAUCAUUGUUCGUUAUGUAAAAAAAGUUUUGAUUCUAUGUAUAAUUAUCUGUUGCACUUUGAAAAGCACGGCGUGCCGGAGUUGUUCUGCCCACAGUGCGGACAAAGGAGCCUAACCUUAAACUCUCUGAGCCUACACGUGAAGAUGCAUAUAAAGAGCCUCUUUGUUCCAUAUAGAUCUCUGGACGCUGAGGACACUAUGAAGACGCCAGUUUUAAAAUGCAAAGUGUGCGAUGCUGACGUCACGCGGCCGGAUUUCAUAAAUCACUGGGACACGCAUCUCGAUCUAAAAAAAUUAAAUAGGCGCCUCAAAUCAUCAGAGUUGGAACCGCAACUGUCCCGCGGGUUUCAGACAUUGGACCGAUUGGAUGAUGAUGAACUGGAUGUCAAUAAGGCUUUGGAUAUAUUCCUGAACCCGGAAAAAUUGAUGGAUGUGGAGAGAACGAAUUUCCGUGAAUGUGUUUUAUGUGCGAGGAAUUUUAAGAGACGUAAUGACUGCAAGCGUCAUUUAAUUGAGCAUUUUCUUAAAAAUGCCUACGCAAGCAAGAACCAGUUCAAUGGUUUGAAAUGUCAAAUUUGUGGGGACUUGUUCGACAAAAUUGAUAUGUUCAGGGGCCACAUGCGGUUGCAUGCAUGUCUUCCGGUGUACAAAUGCGAAAUAUGCAAUAGAACAUUUAGUGAUUCCAGUAACUUUUCCAAACAUAAGAAAGUUCACAAUUUCCAAAUAUUGAUCUGCGAUAUUUGCAAGAAGAAAUUCAAAAAUAAGGCCUAUCUUGCUAAACAUAUACAGGAACACGAAAUAACUCCUAUAAUAAAAUGUGACAAGUGUAAAAAAACAUUUGUCUGUAAAACAGCAUACAAGAAACACUACAGGGCAUACCAUUCAAUGAGUCACAGGUUUAGAUGUCAUCAGUGCGGUCAACUAUUUUCGACAAUGAGGGACAAAUGGGACCAUAUGUGGAAUGUACAUAGAGAAAGAGAGGUUGAGGCAGACUGCAAUUUAUGCGAUGCAAAAUAUCGGAAGAGGUCAGAUUUGAAACGACAUUUUGCGGCAGUGCAUAAACGGAGGACGACUGAUAUUAUCACAGAUGCCGAUAUCGAUGUUGUCAAUGUCAAGUCUGAACCAGAGUAGUUUUAUAUAUGUAUAGAAUAAUUUUUCGUUAGCUUAAUAAUCUGUGGAUAAAUUUGACAGUUCACUCUAUGGCUGGUGUGACCCAUAGUCAAUGAAUAAUUACUUCUCCAUCUACACGACACUGGCGAAGUACCUUGUGCCCAGAUGGCAAAUAAAAGCGAUAUUAAAAAAAAUACUAAUAUUUUAUUAUAAUAGGUACAUUUUAGUGUGACUACAUCUGACGGCCGUAUUGCGUUUAAGGUUUUUCAAACCUUACUAAUGUAUGAAGUUUGUAUAGAUUUUUAUCAGUGAUAGUUAUAUUUUUACAUUCCAUAGGACACAUUUUACAUACAAUGAACAUAAAAUAUAAAUUAUAAAUAAAAUAUUAAUUUCGACAUGUUAUUUGUUUUAGUUUAUCACUUAGCAGUGAAUUGACAAAGGCACACUGAGCACUGAAUAUUGUUUUACGGCCAAAAUUAUUUUUAAAUUUGAACUUCCUUGACAGUUGUAAGGACAUUUCUGAUCUCACACAGCUUUUAGUCAUUGUCAUGUGUGACAGCUGGAGACAUCUAGUUUUAUUAUCUAUGAACCUUAAAAACAUUAUAUAUAUAUAUAACAUAUAUAUAUAUAUAUAACAUAUAUUGAGCAUCUUGAAAUUCAUAUUUUUGUA